AUGAGCACUAUGAAAGUUAUUCGGAAAAGACCUUCGAAGAAGGAUGCUGAAGGAAAACAGAAAAUUUUAUGGAUUGCUGGACAUUGGAUGACUCUAACACUUGGAGCUUUGUACGUUGUAUAUGCUCUAGUGCAUGCGUUUACCAUUCCACGUAGAAGAUCAUGGAAGACAGCCUUCCUGACUAAGAAGUUUGAAAUUCAACCCGUGACAUGGAAGAAUAGCACUUGGAGACAAUACUUAUUCAGUUGGUCCCCUGAAGUCCUUUACCAAGGUUCACUAUUUGGUGUGUUGCUUUCAUACAGUAUCACUGAGUUCCAGAAAUGGUCCACAUCGAAGCCAUCAUUCUACGACUUGAUAAGCUCGGAGAAUUUCCAAGGUAUUUUGAUGGCCUUGUUAUGGGUUAUCAGUAGAAGAUCAUCAUUCAAGUUGAUACCUUUCAUUAUUGUGAGCUACUUACAUAUUUCUAACAAAAAUGCGGCAAACACCGAGAACUUGAACGAUAUUAGUGUUAAGAAUGCAAAACUAUUACAUGUUAUGGCUUAUUCUGAAAUUAUCACUCUCGUGACUUUAUUAGUUAACACCUUGAUCUUCAAGGAGCCUCUUGCCGGAUACUUGCUUGUCUCGUUGGUUGCCAUAUUCUGGUUGAGAGUCAAUUUCUCUGCGUAUGCACAGGCAACAGUGCUACAACUGGUUCUCAAGGUCGAUAAGAAGAUUCCUGAAGGCAAGAGAAAGAAAUGGGAUGAAUUGAAGAGUGUCAUCUACGAUAAGAUGAAGAGCAGAGAAAUGAUGUUGGAGAAAUCCAAGUUAGUUCGUUAG